AUGGUUCCUGUAGCUACCCUGUCAGCGAACAGAAACAAUGACGACCUCGAGAAACAACUGUCAAAUAAUAGACCAACUGCUUUGACAAACUCUACAUUGGAGUGUUUGGAGACUACAUCGACCUUGACAAAAGAACAAAAGAAGAUGGCCGCACUCGAGGCUGCAGAAGAAAUCAACCACACGAUAACUAUACCUCGUAAGACACACACCCAUCGACUAGAACCUGGAUUGUCACUAAAUCAACGUUCAGUGCAAGACUACCCCGUCGGGUAUCCCCUUCAAGCAGCAUUCCAAUCCAGCGAACCCGGAUUUUCCAUCUACCGAGCAUUCGACUACCUCCACUCGCGUGUGAUCCUCGAAAUGCAAGACGAGCUCCGUUGUCUAGAGGAUAACCUCUCUCAACUGGACGCCGAGGACAACAACUCCCGACGUAACAAGUGCCUGAUGUCCCGGGCGUCGGACGAAAAGCAAGCGAAGCGUGAUAAUAAACCAUGCAGCGAUCGUACAACGCUGCUAUCCACGAUCCGCGACAAACUCGUAAGCUACGACGAGGUGCUGAUGAAAGCCAGAGAAUUAAACGCCUUCCAACGCCCGAGCAAGAGGGACUACCGUAGCCUGAGACGUUGGUUCCGUAGUAAGGCGCCGUUGAACUACGAGCGCGAGGAGGAGUUCAUCAAGAGGAAGGAGGACCUGAUCACACUGAGACAGGGGCGGGAGUGGGCGGGGUUUGACGGCUGGAUCGAAGAGUGCAUUAACAAGCUGCCCAGUCGAUUGUCAAAGUACCUUUUCACUACCCCUGAGCUCCGCAAGAAGUCAGACGACCCCCUCAUGUCAUUCUACUCAAUCUCUCGCAUCGAGAAGCUCGCAAGUCUCAUAAUCACCUCUGUGAUCUUCAUCUUGCUCGUUUUGCCGGUCGUCGCUAUGUAUAAACCGACUUCUGUCGGCGGCCGUAACUCGACUUUCGAUGCUGUUGGCAUUCUUGUCGUCUUUACACUGUUGUUCUCGGCGGCCAUGUCGCUGUUGACUAUGGCUAAGAGGCACGAACUUUUUGCUGCCAGCGCGGCGUACUGUGCAGUUUUGGUCGUUUUCAUCAGUAACUUCAGCAAUGAAGGGGGAAAAGGAUAG